AUGGAAGAUUUUAACGAUGACGAUUUCGGCGAACUCUACGCCACCGACGUUGAAGUUCCCAAUACAUUCCCCAAAGAAGAAGAAGAAGAAGAAGAAGAGGAAGCCAAUGCUAACAGUAAUGGUGUCAAUCUUGACCAGGAGAAGAACAAUGACUCAGUGAAUGACAAUUGUGUUGCGAGCGACAGCGACGACGAUGACGAUUUGAAUAUCGUCUUGAAUGACGAAGAUAUUCCUGCCGGUGUUGUUGGUUGCGAUGAAGACGGUGAUGGGGAUGAGGGUGAUGAUCACGGUUCGGAAUUGGUGAGCAAAAAUGGGAUCAGAGGUGGUCACGGUUCCAGAUUUUUUCAUCAUAAGGCGAAGUACACGAGGAGUAGAGGGUCGAUGUUUGUGAAUAAUAUGAAUGCCAAUACGUCCAUGGGGAUGGCUUCCUACUGUCCAUCCUUGAAUAAAGGCAGCCAGAAUGGUGAUAUGUGUGCUGCAGCAAAUCCUAUGGUGGUUCAAUGUGGAUAUGGAUCGUUUCUUCCUUGGUACUGGAGUAUAUUUAAUGUAAACAUUGAUACAUUAAAGGAGAAGCCAUGGAAGGUUCCUGGAGUUGAGAAAACAGAUUACUUCAACUUUGGUUUUAAUGAGAGCACUUGGAAACUAUACUGUGCUUCAUUGGAGCAACUUUGGCAAACAUCCCUGCAAACUGGUAUUUCUGUUGAUGAGUCUGCAAAAUUGAAUCAGGAAGCCAUGAGAGAGCAUAUUGAUCAAGUUGUCUCAGGGAGUGUUAUUUAUCCUUCAUCAGAUGGAAAAUUGCCAAAAGGCAGAGCAAUUCAGGUUGAGGACAGCAUGUUUGAACGCCAACCAUCCAUAGAUGUAAGGCGUCCACGCAGUAGGGAUUCUGAUGUUAUUAUACAGAUCAAGGUGCUCGAGUCCUCUGACGAUUGUUCUGGUUCUGGAAAUAGCAUUGUAAUGGAUACAUCAUUAGAAGGGGAAUCUAUUUUAGGCAAUAACAGAAAUAUGUUCAAUUCUUCCAGUGAACGUGAGGAUGUUCUGUCCGAAGAUCAGUUGGAAGAUGUGAAAAAUUCAGAGGACUCUUCUAUUCAGGAAAGAAGUGGCCUGAUUCCUGGUGUAGAUGAAGAUGAGCAUCAGAAUCAAGCAGACCAACAUUCUGAAGACACUGCAGAAAUACCAGGGGGAGAAAUAAAAGCAGAGGAAGGCGGUGGCAUAGACACAUGCAAUUCUGAUCCAUGCUGGAUUGAAUCGGAAUUGUCACUUGGUGAUCAAGAGCAUAGCCUGACUUCCUACCGUGACAGUGAUUCUGAGGCAUCAGAAAACAGUGUACAGGUUGAUGAUGAGAAAAGUCUUAGCCCUUUAAGACGGAAAUCAAUGAAUUCUGUCACCGACUUGAAGGAGUGUUUGCCACUUUAUUGUAAGAGUUCAAAGAACAAGAGUCUCAACAGACAAGCAGUAAAUAUACCUUAUUAUUCAAGAACUAGAGGUCCAUUUGAAAAGGAAUGGAGGCAUCAAGGUGUUAGACAUGAGCCUGGUUCGAAUCUGAAUGAGCACAUUGAAAAUAAAAAUGAUGUCUCCUCCAUCCUCAUGUCCAGUUAUGACAGACAUAAAGGACAACUGCAAGGUUUUGUCAGUCAUAAAAGAAGAGAUGUUUCUUAUAAUAGGGAAGCAAAACGAUCCUGCUAUUACAGUGGUGAAAAGGUUGUUAAUGACCCAGUUCAGACAGUGCACUCUAAAUAUUCAUAUCGAGAAGAUCAAGAAAGCUUCAGGGAGAAUAUAAACCGAUAUGACAGAAAAAAUGGGGAUGUGAGGGAUCAUUUUUUUAAACCAAGUUCUCGAAUGGAAGAUAGUGAGGACAGAGAGAGAGAUUGGUAUCGUGCUGGUUGUAGGUACUCUUCUGAUGACCCGAGUCCUCACUCUUAUGGGGAAUCAAGGCUGUUUCUGCAAAAACAUUCAUCUUUUCCUGGUAAGGAGAGGGAUACUCAAAGGAGAAUAAUGAAUGGCAAGUCCCAUUUUAGAGACAGAAACUGCAAUAAUGAUUUUUAUGAUUGUGAGUUUGAGUUUCAAAACAAAAGCUAUAUAAUGUCCACUUCUGCUGCUGAUAGAGAAAUGGAAUCUUUUGAUAAUGAACAUGAAGAACAGUUUCCACAUAUUGAUAGAGAUUGGAGAUCUGUCCGAAGGGUAAGACCUUGUGACAGAUCCUCUUUAGUUUUGGAUAACUUGUGGUAUGGGAAAAUGGGAGAUAAAUGUCAGAAAUAUACACAUCACCAGACUUCAAAUUAUAGGUAUCAUAGACAAUCUUAUAUAGAUUCAGGGAGAAAUUAUGUGUUUAGCGCAAGAGUAAGUGAAACUUUUGGGGAUCGUGGGAGGUAUAAACAUGCUAAAGACAAUGGAGGCUGUGACUGGUCUUGUGGUUAUACUGAUACUACCGAGGAUGAAGAUCUCACAAUUUAUCCUGUAGAAGAGUAUCAGUUUAACAGGUCACCAUCUGAGUUUCUGAACUGGGCUGAGGAUGACAUUAUUCGUAGGCAUCAUGAAACUCGUGCAGCAUCUCUAUGUAUGCCAAGGAGAGGUACUGAGAACUGUAUAAAAGGUAGCUCUAAGAUUACGUGCACAAGUAAGCACGGGCAAGCAGUGCUGAGAUGCAGGAAAUCAGUUGACUUGGUUAAUGGCGAAGGAAAGUUUCAUGCAAGAAAAUCCGGAGUCUUGUGCAAUGGUAGGCUUGAAUAUAUCGAUCAGGGGAUAUCUAAGAAGCAGAGAGCUUUUGUGGGUUUUGAUGAAUCUCACAAGAAGGCCAUCAAAUUCGACACCUCAAAAUAUGAGAGCAACCAUGAAAACAAGAAAUGGCUUCAGAACCUUCCAGAUAAGGGGCAGAAAGAAGAAAGCUCGGAUAUUGAGGAAGGUCAGAUUGUAACAGAAGAACCAUACAUAGAGGCUUCUGUGUCCAGAAGAGAUGUUUCUGAAGGUGCAGCACUGACUGACGGUGUGAAGAAGAGAAUAUCACAAAAAGAAAAUAAUUGUGACCAGUUUAUAGGUGGUUAUGACAAUCAAAGGAUUAUUGAUUCAAUAGCCAAGAUGGAAAAACGUAGGGAGCGCUUUAAGCAGCCUAUCACAAUGAAAAAAGAAGCAGAAGAGAGUUUGAAGCUCAACAAUGACUCAAUAAUAGAUACAGGUGAAAUCAAGCAACAUAGGCCAGCUCGAAAGAGGCGCUGGGUUGGUAAUUAAUUUUUACGGUUAUUUGAGGGCUUGAUUAUUCUUCAGAUUCGAUGAAGGGGACACAGCUACUAUGA